UAAUUGGGAAAUUCAAUAUCGCGUGCAAAUGGCAAUACCACCAUACAAGACAGGGCUGCCAGCUUCCUCAUGGGUGUUACUUUGAGCGGUUAUCAAGCGGCACAGUCGAAUUCCAACUAUUUACAGUAGUGUGGAGUUUACUUCCCCUCUCCCCUCUCCCCUCAAACUCUUAGACGCCUCUUUUGUCAAACCAAAAUCAUUCAUUCCGUGCUCCGUUUUAGUCUGCCGAGUCUGCCUCUGCUCUAAAGGACUCUUUAUAUAGAACGACAAACGUCCCAUCCAUCUCUUAAUAUUGUACCUAUUGUUUCCCUCUCUCUCUCUCUCUCUCUCUCUCUCUUUUUUUGUCUCUAGGUUUUCAUGUAAUUCAAAUUUCCAGUUUUUUGAUUAACCCAAAAUAAAUUCCAAAAAUGCCUUUCAUGUUUUCACCAGGUAAGUAAUUACUCAAUGAAUGUACGGCACGGCAUAUUGCCACAAUUUAAGUCCGUGAUAUUCAUUCACACCCGACACACACACAAGUUACAGCACCCCAAUUCUUAUCCUGUGAUAGGUGAAGAUCACCCGAUAACCCUGCAAGUAGUGGCGGUGUUUUUUGUAUACGCAACCUCAUAAGAGGCAACCAUUUAUCAUUUCAAUACCCAAAAUUCCCACUACUUUCUCAUCCUUCCCUUCUCCCUGAGAGAUUCCCUUCAAUCUCUCCAUCAAUACAUUUCCCUUAUCUCACAAAGUUUAUUGAGGGAACAUGCCUAAUCAUCCCGUUUUGGUUUCAGGUGCGGUAAUCAUAGCUGCUGUGGCUGUAGGCGCGGCGAUAGCAGUAUAUGAAUCACCACAAGCCCGACAAUUCGCUGAAGAUGUUCGUCGUAGAAUCGCAGUCGCAUUACAUUCCCUUGGCGAUGAAAUCAAUCCGAAUAGUCGACAGCCCCGUUUCAACCGACCUGAGGAUGCAGAGGGUUUUAUGCAGAGUGCUUCGGAAGUGGGCGUAGAUGCCGAUGAGGAUAGCAGGAGAAAACAGAGAGAGGAAUUAAUGUAUUGGAAUGCAGUACGCAUGGAAAGAAUGGAAAAAGAGCAAAGGAUGGAUGAGAAGAGACCAGCAGGAAACCCGAGUCGAAAGCCGAGUUUUGAGGAUUUCUUGCAAGAGGAUCCUAAUGCUGAGAAGGGCACUUUCGUUUACAAUACUGGUACAGAUUUGAAUGGUCAAGCUGAAGAGGGUCUCACCCAUCGACGCGGCGUUCGAGGUUUAAAUCGAUCGACGAUCUACGCAAAUCCAUUUGCAGAUGAGCACGGUAUUGAUAGCGAGGAACAACAAGCUAUGGAUAGAAGUUUAAUGUCUCCCGGAGACGGCGAACAAUACGAAUCGGACUCUGAAGGAUUAUACAGUUGCCACGAAGGCCGAAGUCGAUCCCGCUCUCGACAAAGUACCUCCACUCUCUCACCAGCAGAACCAAUAGCCCACGAAGACGCCGAAACGCUUGUUGAUCUUUCCGAACCAUUCAACCCAGAUCUACCAGUCUCUGUACCUACCCUUGAAAAUUUGGAAACUGAGCCAACUUACACUGCAAGAGCACAAGACAAUGAAAAUCCAUUUGCAUCCAUUCACGCCUGGGCCGAUCAUACCGAUAACGCAACUGGCUUUUAUUCUCCUCUGCCUGUCACACCUCACGAACGCCCUUCAACUCCAACCGCCACCCAGAGCGCUCAAGUUACUCCCCCAUCGCCCACCAUCUCCGAUCCCGAUUAUUCCUCCCUCGAGUCCCUUGAUGGAGAUGGAAUGAUUACUCCAACAGAUUCCGCAUCGUUAGCUGGUUCUGGCGAAGAAGUCUGGCACCCAAGAAGCGGCGCUACCAGUGACGCCGAUGUCAUGAGUGUAGAUGACGGUAUCGUCACACCUGAUAGCUGGUCGGAAAUCGGAAGCUUAGCAAGCGAAGAUGAAGUACACCAUUAAUCAUUCGUAUCAACUCAUACAUUACCAACACGUAUUGAGAAGCUACAACAUCUACUCACUCACAAAGCAUGCGGUCUAUAGCAAGCGUAGGAGUUGCAUUCGGCGUCGGAUAUAUACUAGAUGUCAUAUCGUACAGAAAGUCCAUGGGAACCAUCACAAUUAGCUAGCUGCAGGAACAGUAAAUUUGGAGGCAACACAGUUUGGGAAUACAAGCAUGGCGUCGGGAUCAAGGGCAAAUGGGGAAUCGGGUUAAGGUUGGCGUAUUGUAGUGGACAUAUCUAACUGUCUCUAAAUUGAUCGAUUGACAUAUAAAUUUAUUCUGAGAUUUACGAUUCUUUGGUUUGAUGGGGCAGGGUGUUGGAAUGGAUAUUUUGAUUCGGUUUGCUAUUAGUGCGGAAUUCAAUUUUUUAUGUGAUGAUGAUGUGAUAUGAUUGUAUACCUACCUACCUAUGUUACAAUAGAUAGUAUACAUAU